CCGGUGCCGGCGGCGCCAUGCGCUUCCGCUUCUGCGGAGACCUCGACUGCCCCGACUGGGUCCUGGCCGAGAUCAGCACCCUGGCCAAGAUCUCCUCGGUGAAGCUGAAGCUCAUCUGCGCCCAGGUGCUCAGGGACCUGCUGGGGGAGGACAUCGACUAUGAGAAGAUCCUGAAGCUGACGUCCGACGCCAAGUUAGAGUCUGGGGACGUGAAAGCCACCAUUGCCGUCCUCAGCUUCAUCCUGUCCAGCGCAGCCAAGCACAAUGUGGACAGCGAGUCCCUGUCCAGUGAGCUGCAGCAGCUGGGGCUGCCUAAAGAACAUGCCAYGGGGCUAUGCCGAUCUUACGAGGAGAAGCAGAGUCCCCUCCAAGACAACCUCAGGGCCUGCAGCCUGAGAUUGAGCCAGCUGGACUCGGUGUCCUGGAGGGUGGACUACACGCUGAGCUCCAGUGAGCUGCAGGAGGUCAACGAACCCCUCGUGCACCUGAUGUUCGCUGUGCGGGACAGGGACCGUGGGAUGACGGAGACUGUCCCCAUGGCCGUGUCGGCUGACAAGUUCCAAGUCCUGCUGGCAGAGCUGAAGCAGGCCCAGGCUCUGAUGAAGACCCUUCUCUGAGGAGCAGGAAGAAGGAGCGAUUGCAGGAGCUACCAGCCAGUGGAUCUCAUGCCAGGACUUGUGCACUGUCUAGGGCACUGCCCAAGUGGAGGCGGGCAAGACGAGUCUGGCUCCCUCCUGCCCGCAGGCUGGUGCUGGAGGCAGCAUUCCCUGCCGCUGCUUGCCUGCUUCCUUCCUCAAAGCCGCCCCGCAACCAGCCCCUUGCCCGGGGCUAAUGCAGAGCCACCCCCCGCCAUGUAGGAACAACUGGCACUAGCUGGGCAUAGUGCCAUCGGCAGCCAGGCCCUGCGGGUGC